AUGCAUCGGGGCCGAAAUUGGACCAUUAUUUUGGUAGGGAAAAUUUUUUUUCAAAAAAAAUUUAAAAAAAAAUUUUUUUUUGCAGAUUUUAUCCACAUUUUUCUCAAUGUUUUUGAUAUUUUCAAAUUUGAAAAAUUCGCCUCAAAAUCUGAGGAAUUUUCACGAAAAUUCUGAAAAUCAGGAAAUUUUUGAAAAUUCUCAGAAUUUUUCCGAAUUUCUGCAUCAUCCUUUUGAUAAUUUUUGCAAAUUUCCUCUACAUUCAACUUAUGCAAAAGAUAUUAUGGUGAGUUUUUCAAGGGAGGUUCACUGACGCAUUUUUUGUAGCUACAAGAAAUGCGUCAGCAAUAAUUGCAUAAAACUACAAACUCCCAGGUCAAACUAGAAUAUAGUUCCCCCCCCCCUUAUUAUUCAUGCAAAAAAGAGUAUAUCUCUCUCUUUCUCUAACACUCUCUCAUUUUCCCACACUCUCUCUCUCUCUCUCUCUAUUUUUUUCUGCAAAAAUCGCGCCAGUGGGGAUUUUGCUGACGCAUUUUUUGUAGAUCUCGACCAAUCUGAACAAAUAAUGUACUUUUGGAAAAAAGCUGUGCAAAUUGUUCGGCCAAAAGAUCGAGAAAUGCGUCAAUGGGGGUUUUGCUGGCGCGUAUUUUGUAGCAAAAAAACCGUUCCUGACUGAAAUUUCACGCUGAAUUCGAUUUUCAGACUCCCGAUCAUUCUGGAACCCGUCUACGAACUCUAAAAUGCAAUUUAACCAAUGGAAAUGAUAUGGCAACAAUGGAUUCACAAGGAUAUUUAUACAUUUAUGCAAAAUAUUCACAAUAUCCAAUUUUAAACAAAACUUUCGAAUGUGAUAUUAUUUCCAUUGAAGGCGGAUUGCGAAAUGAAACUGCAAAACAGGGAAAAAAAGAUAUACAAGAGGUGGAAGUUGUGAAAAAUGUGAUGCAAAAUAUGCGCCUUUGGGUGAAUGCUGACGCGUUUUUCGUGCGAUGUUUUGAUCGUGAUGAGGAAAAAGGCAAUUUAUCGGAUGUUUUGCUUUGGGAGAAACCUUUUGCUGGUUUGGAGGAUCGGAGUUUACCCAAAUAUCAGAUUUAUACCCGGCCCGAUCUUGAAUCAAUCAAUAAUUAUGGGAAUCCACGUCAUAAGCCAAGAAAGUCGGAAAAAUCGAUAAAUCGAUAUUCGAUCGAUAUUUUGGGAUUCGAUUCGACGUCGCGCACUCAAUUUAUGCGACAUUUACCAAGAACAACUGAAAUUAUGCAGAAAUUGGGAUAUCAUUUUUUGUAUGGCUAUAAUAAGGUGAGCGGGUUUUUAUUGGCAAUUUUCGCUGGGAGAAAUCUGUGCACGCUUAGUGUGGAGGUAGCGCGCUGAAAUAGUAAACGCAGCUGUUUUGCUGACACGGGUUCGGUCCACGGUGCGCGCGAACUUUUUUUUUGUUUUUUCUCUGGAGAAUCAGAGCUGUUUUCUAUUGAAGAAAUGUGAUUUUCUUUUUCCACGUGGAAUUACAUUUUGAACUUAACAAUUUCUGAAUUUCUAAAAAAAAACGAAAUGAAUCAACAACGAAAUUUGGGAAUUUCGAGAAAAUUUUGUGGAAUUUUUGAAACAGUGAAUUUUUUGAGAAAAAAUUUUAACAUUUUUGUUUCAAAUUUCACUCUGAUUACAAAAUUACUCUGAAAUUUCAGAAAAAUUACAGAUUUCAAUAAAAUUUAGCUUUCUGAAAAAUUACAGUGUAGAAUUUGCACUGAAAAUUCAAAACCACCAAAAAAUAUGUGCAUUUUUUGAAACAGUGAAUUUUUUUUUCUUAAAAAAAAUAUUUUUUUUUUCCAAUUUUUGCCACGUGGAUUCUCCCAAAAAUGUCCAAGCUACAAAAUUCGCGCCAGCUAAACCCCUGCUGACGCAUUUUUUGUAGAUCAACUCCACGUUCAAUUUAUUUUUUCUUUAUUUGUUCUUCCCACUCGAUCUUUUGAAAUUGCCAAAAUUUGCACAGCUUUGUUAAUCAAAUUUUUGCAAAAAUUAACACAUUUUUCGGGGGUUGAUCUGUGAUGCUACAAAAAUUGCGUCAAGGGGAGAUUGACGUGAAUUUUGAAGGAAAAAAAUAAAAUAAAACGUGACCCAGAAAAAAAGCCACAAACAAAAAAUUUCGAAAAAAAAUCAUUUAAAAAUUUUUGAGCUUGAAGAAAUGACAGGUUAGUCUGAAUUCUGAAAAUUCUGAAAUUAAUUUUUCAAAAUUUUUUUUCCCCAAAAAUUUUCAAAAUUAAUUCCAGGUCGCUGACAAUUCGAUGGUAAAUUUGGGACCAAUAUUAAUUGGCGAUAUGCCAGAAGCCAUUUCAAAACCGAAAUUCGAUGAAUCUGGAGAUAUUAAUUUGGAUUGGAUUUUGCCACAAAAUGAAUCGAUGGAUCCGACAAUGUUGAAAUUCUUGUGGAAAACUAUGAAAGAAAGUGAGUGAGGAGGAUUUUUUAGGGAAAAUAAUUGAUCUAUCAGAAUUCCGAAACACCACAAAAACUAUGAGAAAAUUUUGAAACAGUGAAUUUUUCUACGGAAAAAUUUUUGAUUUUUGAAAAAAAAAAAUGUUUGAAUUUUAUAACAUGGUACUCAGAGGAACGAUCAAAAUUUUAGUUAAUUCUCAAAAAUUCUGAUAUUUUUGAAACAGUGAAAAAUUGUCAAUUGCAAAUCUGAAAUUCUGUGAUUUUUUGAUAAUCCUAAAGUAUACAUACGAUUUCGAUUAAAUUCAAAACCAACCUGGAUUUUUGAGAUAAUUUUGAAACAGUGAAUUUUUUUUUUGAAUAAUUUUUUGAGCCUGAAUUUUUUGUCAUUGAAUUUUUAAAAAUGUUCUCAAAAGUUGUAGAAACUUUGAAACAGUGAGAAAUCUAGAAAAAUUUAAAUUUUCUGUGAAACUUGAAUAAACAGCACAAAACUGAAUCUCGGUAAUCCACGAAAAUAAUGAGAAAAUUUUGAAACAGUGAAUUUUUCUGAAUAAAAAUUCUGGGAUUUUCUCAAAAAAUAGCAUUUUUAUAGCAAAAGGCUCAUUCGAAGUUAUAUUAGAUUUAGAAAUUUGCCCAGAAAUUCAAGUAACUUUGAAACAGUGAAAAAUUUCAUUAUUUUUGAAAUGAAAAAAAAAAUGAUAAUUUUCUGCGAACAAACCUCUUGAAACGGAAUUCCUGAAGUCCCCUAAAAUUAUCAAAUAUUUUUGAAACAGUGAAAAAUUAUCUGACAAUAAUUUGAAAUUAAAAUCUUGAAAUUUCUUGGUUUUCUGAUAAUUCUAAGAUAAAUGUUGAAUAAAAUCAAAAAACAACCUAGAUUUUUGAGGUAAUUUUGAAACAGUGAAUUUUUUGUGAAUGAUUUGCGAGUCUCAAAAUUGUUGAUAAUUUUUUUUCAGUGAAUUAAAUAUUAAAUUUAAAAAAAUUCUCAAAAAUUUCACAAAAUUCUGAAACAGUGAAUUUUUUUUCCGGAAACUUUUGUUUUCAAUUUUUUUCGAUGACGAAGUAAGGCGAUGAUGCAGAUGAGUUUCUCCUCCGAGGAGAAAUGAGGAGAAAUGGGGCGAAAUUCGAAAAAUACAUUGUUUCCCCUUCACGUGCAACACGUUUCUCCUCUUUCUCCUCAAUUAGCCCCGAGGAGAAACUAAUCUGCAUCAUCGCCUAAGAGAGCACAGCUCAAAAAAUCCACAAAAAUUCUACAAAUCUUGAAACAGUGAAAUUAUGUAAUGCAGAUUUUUUCGAAUAUUUUGGAUACCCAUUUUUGAUUUUAGUCUCAUUGUCUGUUACAGUAUGCUAAUUUUUUGUAAGAUAAAAAUAUUUCAGUUAAAUGUUUUCUUUAUGUACCUUAAAAACGGAUUCUAAAACUCGUAGUAAAGUAAGAUAUCAUUACAAAGUUCCAAAAACGAAUAUUCGCAAAAACUUCUUUACUCACCGCACUUGCUCAUUACAAAUUUCAGAUUCACCAAAUAUUAGACCUACAUUAGCAUAAAUACUCGCGCAUAACCAUCCCCCGGUUUCUAACUCGUAAUCCUGCAUCAACUUAUUCUUUGUCUUUUCAUGUAUUUUAUGAUUUUAUACUUGUUUGUCACGUUGUCCCACAACGUAUUCAAUAAAUAAAUAAAUAAAUGAAUAUUGGAACAGUGAGAAAUCGACUUGUAAUAUAAUUUUGAAACAAUCAAUUUUUUCGAUUUUUAGUUGGAGAAGAACAGAAAAACCUAGCAGAAUUCAGAAAAUCAACAAAAACUAUCAAAAAUUGUUGAAACAGUGAAAAAUUAUCAGAAAAUAAUUUGAAAUUAAAAUCUUGAAAUUUUGUGAUUUUUUUGAUAGUUCUACAGAGAAACAAAUAAUUGAAUAAAACUCAAAAACAGCCCGGAAUUAUAAAAAAUUUGAAACAGUGAAUUUUUUCUUCUGAAAAAUUAGCAGUCUAAUAGGCAAAUGUCUAAAUUACAAAUAUCAAAUUUUAAGAAAACCACAAAAACUUCAAGAACUUUUGAAACAGUGAAAAAAAUAGAAAAAUAAUUUUCAAAAUAUUUUUUGGAAGUUAACAUCAAAUUCAAAAUCCAUUAAAAAACUAUCAAUUUUUGAAACAGUGAAAAUUUUUCAAGAAUUUUCUUCCAUUUUAUGUUAAAAAUAGAAAUCGACAAUAGAAAUUCAAAAAAAUCCAGAAUUUUUCUGAAAAUUUUGAAACAGUAACUUUUGCUUAAUGGAAUAAAAAUUCAAAAAUUCACAAAAAAUUAUUUAAAAUUCUUGAAAUAGUGAAAAUAAAAUUCCAACAAACCUAAAAACGUUCUAAAACCUUUAAGGGUAUUAGAGAAUUUACGUUAAGAAUAUAUAAAAACUUUGCCAAGCUCCUAAAUCACCUGAAAAAGCCUCAAAGACUGUAAAGCUCCCUAAUUCACCCUAAAGCCUUAAGAAGAUGUAAAAUCAUUUAAAGAACCUUCUAAAGCUCCUAAGUUACCCUAAAUUCACCCUAAUUCUUUGCAGAAUACGGUUGUGAAACACUGUUCAACGAUGAUAUUUCUCGCUCUCAUUUGGGUCUCUUCAACUAUCCAAACAUUGAAUUCAAACCGGGUUUCACCGAAAAACCAGCCGAUCAUUAUUAUCGCCAAUAUUAUUUGGCAUUCUACAAUAAAUGGAAAUAUUUACCGUGUAAAGAUGGUGAUCAAAUUCAAUGGGAAUUUGUGCAAAUUUGGAGAAGAUUUGCACAUUAUUAUAAGGAUAUUUGUCAUUUUGGAUUCACUUUUAUUUCGUCGUAGGUUUUUUUGGGGGAAAAUUGGGAAAUUUGUGAAUUUUUUGAGGGUAAAUAAGGAUAGGCUUCGGAAAUCAUCAAGCUUGCAUCAAAUCCUCGAAUUUUCGUGUAAUAUUUCUAGAAAUUUUGAAACAGUGGAAUAAUUUUGUGAGGUAAAUUGAGCAUUGACAUUAGUUUUUUUUUUCAAUCAUCCAGAAAUUAAUAGAAAUUUUGAAACAGUAAAUUUUUCCUGAGAAAAAUUGAAAGCAAGAAAAUAUUUCUAAAACUUCAAGAUUUUCCUGAAACAGUGAAAAAAUUAGAAAUGUGAAUUUGAAUUAAAUUCAUCGAAUUUAUCAAAUGAAGAUUUUUUCAGCAAAAUUAUCAUAGAAUUUUUGAAACAGUAGAAAAAUUACAUAGAAUUUUUAUGAACAAAAUUCAAGAAACAUUGAUUUUUGGCAUUUUUUCCAAUGGAAUGCAUUUGAAAAUUGCUUGAAAAUUUAUUGAAUUUUUGAAACAGUGAAUUUUUUUCGAUUCAAAAAUAGUUCAUAUUCAAAAAACAUAGAAAGGGCUUAUCAAAAAUCUCAUUUUCUUUGAAAUUCUCGAAGAAUUUUUGAAACAGUAAAUAAUUUACUUGAAAUUAUUUUAUCAACAUUUUUUGAUUUAAAAAUAAAUAAUUAAUGUUCAAUUUUUCAAAUCCUUUCAAAAUUCAUAGAAUUUUUGAAACAGUGAAUUUUUUCUUCAAAAAAAUCUAUCGAAAAGUUCACACUUCGAAAAUCCUUCAUAAUUUGAAUUUUUUUGAAAGAAAAAAUUUGCUGUUUCAAAAUUUGUGUAUAUUUUUUCUGACAUUUUCUGAACCGAUAUUGUACCAAUUGAUCAAAUUUUAUUUUUUGCCACGUGGAUUUGAAAAAUUUUCUUCUAGAGAAACUUUACAUCCCGUCGAACGAAAUUUGAAAAAUCCCAGCCAAAAUUCAUAGAACUUUUGAAACAGUGAAUUUUUAAAAAUUCAAAAACUUGUUAGAAGUCCCAAAAUUUAGUAAUUUAUAAUUCAGAGAAACAAAAAAAAUUGAUAAAUCUCAAGACAUUAUUCCCAAUUAUCGGGUUAAUUAGUACUAAUUAAUUAAUUAAUUAACAGCCAAAAAUUGUAUCUCGAAAAUCCUUUUUUUAACAUUGAUAUUGCUCAAAAUAGGAGGAUCUGAAAAAUUUGGAAUUUUUUUCCAGAUAAAAUUUGCUGUUUCAAAAAGUUUUUAUAUAUUUUUUCGGAAAUUUUGAAAUAUUCCACACCACCUAUGUUUUGUUUCGAAAAAUAUCGCUGUUUCAAAGGGUCUAGAAAUCCACGUGGUAAAUAAAAACAUAAUCAACAUGCACCAAAUUUAUGGAAUUUUUUUUGAAACAGAGAAAUUUUUGAAUUGAUAAAUUUUCAUAUUCCAAAGAACAUACAUCAGUAACCUGAUUUUCUCUGAAAUUAUUAUAGAAUUUUUGAAACAGCGGAAAAAUUACAUAGAAUUUUUAUGAACAAAAUUCAAGAAACAUUGAUUUUUGGUAUAUUAAUUGUAGCUCAAGUAACAGAUAAAAAAUAUUUUUUUCAAAAUACAUGAAAUUUUUGAAACAGUAAAUAAUUUACUUGAAAUUAUUUUAUUAACAUUUUUUCGAUUUAGAAAUAAAAAAUAAUCAUAGAUCAAUUUUCCAAAUUUUCUUUCAAAUUCAUACAAUUUUUGAAACAGUGAAUUUUUCUUCUCAAAAAAAUCCAUAGAAAAGUUCACACUUCGAAAAUCCUUCAUAAUUCGAUUUUUAUUUGAAAGAAAAAAAUUGCUGUUUCAAAAUUUGUGUAUAUUUUUUCUAAGAGCUUCUGAAGCAAUGGAACAUUAUGCAUUUAUUUUUUUGCCACGUGGACUUGAAAAAUGUUCUUCUAGAGAAACUUCACGGUCAGUUUCGCCGAACGAAAUUUGAAAAAUCCCCGGCUAAAUUAUAUUUGAAACAGUGAAUUUUUUUUGAUUAAAAAUUUCAAAAACCAUUAGAAGUUCCAAAAUUUAUUCAUUUAAAAUUCAGAGGAACAAAAAAAUUGAUAAAUUUUAAGACAUUAUUUCUAAUUAUGUAGUUAAUUAGUACUAAUUAAUUAAUUAAUUAUCUAAAAUCCUUAUUAAUCGUAAAAAUAGCUAAACCAAAACUUUUUUUUGUUCGAAAAAAAUUCACUGUUUCAAAAUUUUUGUAUAUUUUUUUUUUUAAUAUCAGAAACUGAUUCAGUUAUUUCACCUAAAAAAAUGUACUGUUUCAUAAUUUUUGUAUAAUUCAUUUUUGAAUUUAAAAAUUUAUUCCGGCUUAUGAAAUUCCACCUAAAAUUCCCAUAUUUUUUGCAGAUUAACCCAUGAUUCUCCAUUUUUGGUUGAAACUUUGGAUGAAAGAUUGGCUGGAAGUUUGAGUGAAAUGAAUUUGGAAGGAUUAUUGGAUAAUAGUUUAUCGAUUAUUAUGGGAGAUCAUGGAAAUCGAAUUGGAACUAUACAAUAG